AUGGACAUCGAACUAGUAGAGAAGUAGACUUCUCGGGGAGAGAUAUCAAAACGAGCAAUAUCAGAAUAUGUAGAGUAGGAUGAAAAUGAUUAAAAGAAAAUAUUUUCGGUCUGUUUACUAAUCAAAGUUAUACUUAUUUGUAAAUGGUAUUUUAGUUUAUAAUAAAAGUUGUUUAAUUUCUAAGAAACAAUGUGAAAAGUGUUUAGUAGAGGAUACAUCAAAUACAUCUAUAAUUUUUGGUAAUUCAAGCUAUUGUGCAAUAUAUUUGUAUAUUUUUAUUAUAUCGACCUAUUUAGAUUAAUAACUGGGAUACCAAUUAUUUCAUUGAUGUUUCGAAAUACAAUCAUCAUUAGUAAACUAUUUAAUCAUUUGCUUGGGAGAUUUCUGUAUUUCCUGUACUUUUAAAAUUAAUAUUGAGGAUAUUUUUUAUUCUGUCAGAAAAAGAUUGGAAUUAUUUGAUGUACCCGUGUGUAAUUUACUUGAUUGUGUGGUUGAUUGGAAAUAAGGUUGAUGAAAAAUUGAUAUCUGAAUUAUUAUAUUGA